UUAAAUAUUAUUUUAAUUAAUUAAUUAUUAUAUUAUCCACCAACUGAGAGAGAGACUUUAGCCCCGAAGUCGUUCCAAUUAGUUUCGAUCUAUUAUAUUUUCUCGCUCUGAAAUUUUCCGAGAAAACAAACGCAAGAGAAGAAAAUAUCCAGAGAGAAGCAGAGAUGUACGGAUACACUGGUGUGCAUAGCAAGGCGGAGGAGGUAGAUCUAGAGUCCGGUGAGACUUUGUAUCCGGGACUUAGCGCCGGAGAAAAUCAGCUCCGAUGGGGUUUCAUACGCAAGGUGUACGGUAUUCUGGCGGCCCAAAUCCUUCUUACCACGGUGGUGUCCGCCAUCACCGUUCUGUACUCGCCUGUCAAUGAUCUCCUUAGGAGCAGCCCUGGCCUUCUUCUCUUCCUUGCCAUCUUUCCCCUCAUCUUAUUGUGGCCAUUAUAUGUCUACCAGCAAAAACAUCCUCUGAACUUCAUCUUCCUUGGACUUUUUACUCUGUCACUUAGUCUAACAGUUGGUGUUAGCUGCGCGAACACAGAUGGAAAAAUUGUACUUGAAGCAUUGAUUUUAACCUCAGCUGUUGUUACAUCCUUGACUGGAUACACCUUCUGGGCUUCCAAGAAGGGCAAGGACUUCAGCUUCUUAGGACCAGUCUUAUUCACUGGUCUCAUAAUUCUUGUUCUAUCUAGUUUUAUCCAGGCAUUCUUCCCACUCGGGUCAACAUCUGUUGCUAUAUAUGGUGCGGUUGGUGCAAUUAUUUUCUCGGGCUAUAUUGUCUACGACACUCAAAAUUUGAUCAAGCGCUUCACAUACGAUGAGUACAUUUGGGCUGCCAUCACUCUUUACCUGGAUAUCCUAAACUUGUUUCUUACAAUAUUGCGGAUGCUGAAGCAAUCUGAGGGUUAGUUUUUCUGUGAACAUAAUAGUACACAUGAAUUUGGCCUUUCUUCUGAAAGGUGGUACUAAACGAUACAAAUGUCAAAUGUUUAAAUGUUUUGUUGCACUUCUUAUCUUUUACAUUUGACUGAAAUGUCACUAGUUACGAAUUUGUCAGUACUUCUAUCCUUUUUCGUUUGUGUCAAGAUUGUUUAAAAGUUGAAUAAUGUUUAGAUGAAUUGUUAUAAUGUUCAUAUUUUGGUGACUCAUUACAUCAAGUGAAUGUUUUUUCUUAUAUAAUUUUGUAAAGUUCCCGAAUCUUUUUGUAACAAUAACUGAUAAUGUGCUCAAUUAGGAAUGUUGUUGGA